GUUGGUAGAGCCAGUCGGAUCCUGGCUGCAAUGGCCGGUUUUGCUGUGACCUGCGUGGCACUAUGGACGGCGAUUUGUGCGAUGGAGGAUAGCCGAAAGGCUUUAAGGUUGGCUGAGUGGACGGCGAAGAAAGAGUUCUUGGAGUUCUGCCAGACAAGCAAUUUCAAGCAGACCAGUUGCCAGACUGUCAAGACGGCUUCUCUCGAUCCGCCACCAACGCCGUGGAUUAUUUCGCGCAUGUAUCGACGAGAAAUUGGUGUCAGCGUAGGGUACUCCCAGGAUUUCGGCGCGGUACUUGCUGGCUUUCCCUUCACUAUUCUUUGGUGGGCAAUAUUCAGCAGAAAGGUGCGGAGGAUCAUACAGCAUCGAUAUCUCUCCCACCACCCUAGGAAAAGCCGGGAACUUGGGUUACUCGCCGAGAGUAUGAAAAUGGAGAGGCCACGACAGGAGUCUCAUUCCAUUCUUCCACCGGAAGAAAGGUCACCUGUUCCCCCGCCAAUAUCUUUUGGUACCGGAAUGGCUGCCGAUUUCGAUUUCAGCUCUCCCUUAUCAGCGCCGCACUUGGACUUGGGAUUGUCGACAGAACUGGAAAGAUAUUCGAGAGCGGAAGCAGCCAGGCGCAAGAGAUUGAGAACCGCGCAAUCUCCAGCCGAGUAUCAAUUUGACGAGGCAAUACACUCGGUGUACCCCGUGGACGUGACGGGAUUUAUUGAACAAGAGCUAAAGAGCGAUUUGGACACUCAUAAUCUGGCCUUUUGCUGGAAGUGCGAGCCGCAACACAUUGACCAAGAUGGGAAGCUAAUAAAACCAGAUCUGGCUGAAGACUUCCUGUGGUUGUCAAUCUUCGCCAAGUCAUGCAGGAAUGCUUUGACGGAUUGGAUGAAAUUGAGGUGUAUUGCUGGGAGUGUGAGGUCAAUGGACCAAAUUCGUCUCGGAAAUUUGCAGCCACUGGUUCUGAAAGGAUAUUUUCAAAACAGGUGCGGGCUUUCAUGUUAUGGGUGUGGCGAUGAGCUUCCGGCAAUGGUGAAGGAGGAUGGAAGGGUGGAAUUCCCAGGCGGGAUCAACUUGCGCAAAAGGCGACCGUACUUGCUCUCGAAACGACAUCUUGAGGAAGUGGCCGAAUAG